AGUACACCCAGGGUUGGAAAAACCACACUAGGCAAAGAACUUGCAUCAAGAUCAGGACUGAAGUACGUUAAUGUGGGUGAUUUAGCUCAAGAAGUCUGAUCACCGGAUUUCAUGGAGUCUGGCAAGAUGGCGUCUCCCAAGAGCAUGCCAAAAGAUGCACAGAUGAUAGCCCAAAUCAUGAAGGAUAUGGAGAUUACAGAAAAUGAGCCUAGAGUUAUAAAUCAGAUGUUGGAGUUUGCCUUCCAAUAUGUGACCACAAUUCUAGAUGAUGCUAAAAUUUAUUCCAGCCAUGCUAAGAAAGCUACUGUUGAUGCAGACGAUGUGCAAUUGGCAAUCCAAUGCUGGGCCGAUCAGUCUUCCACUUCUCCCCUGAGAGAUUUUUUAUUAGAUAUUGCAAGACAAAGAAAUCAAACCCCUUUGCCGUUGAUCAAGCCAUACUCAGGUCCUAGAUUGCCACCUGAUAAAUAUAUUUUAACUGCUCCAAACUAUAGGAUUAAGUCUUUGCAAAAAAAGGCACCUACUCCUUCAGGAAGAAUCACAAUUCUGCGAUUAAGUGUUGGCUCAGUUUCUAGCAGACCAAGUACUCCCACACUAUGCACACUAACUCCACAGACCAUGUCUGUCUCAACUAAAAUGGGCACCCCAAUGUCCCUCACAGGACAAAGGUUCACAGUGCAGAUGCCUGCUUUCCAGUCCCCUGCUGUGAAAGCUUCAAUCCCUGCAACAUCAACAGUUCAGAAUGUUCUGAUUAAUCUGUCACUAAUUGGGUCCAAAAACAUUCUGAUUACCACUAAUAUGGUAUCACAGUAUACAGCCAAUGAGUCAGCAAAGGCACUGAAAAGAAAACAGGACGAUGAUGAUGAUGACGAUGACAAUGAUGACUAUGAUAAUUUGUAA